CGCCGCGCACUUGGUCACACUGACCUGCCCAGUUGUUUUUUUCACGCCAACAAUUUACGCUCUUUGGAAAAGGAAACCUUUUUCGCGAUUUCAACCACAACACAACCUAUUACACCUGCCCCAGGAUGUUGGCCCUCAUCAACAGGAUCCUCGAGUGGUUCAAGAGCAUCUUCUGGAAAGAGGAGAUGGAACUGACGCUGGUGGGGCUGCAGUUCUCCGGGAAGACGACGUUCGUCAAUGUUAUUGCAUCCGGCCAAUUCGCUGAGGACAUGAUACCCACAGUUGGCUUCAACAUGCGCAAGAUCACCCGGGGCAAUGUGACUAUCAAGGUGUGGGACAUCGGAGGCCAGCCCCGAUUCCGAUCCAUGUGGGAGCGCUACUGUCGCGGCGUUAAUGCGAUUGUCUAUAUGGUGGAUGCGGCCGAUCUGGACAAAUUGGGCUCGAGGAACGAGCUGCACUCACUAUUGGACAAACCGCAGCUCGCCGGCAUUCCAGUGCUCGUGUUGGGCAACAAACGUGAUCUUCCAGGGGCCCUCGAUGAAACCGGGCUCAUCGAACGCAUGAAUCUUUCGAGCAUACAGGACCGUGAAAUCUGCUGUUAUAGUAUUUCCUGCAAGGAGAAGGACAACAUUGACAUAACGCUGCAGUGGUUAAUUCAACAUUCGAAAAGCCAAAGUCGUUAGAUAACGAACUCCCUACCCUCUACACUCACACACUUAGGCACUAUAUCUCACACAGAACAACUAUAUAUACAUAUAUACACUAAUAAUAACUUGCAGAGUGAUGAACAAUGAGCAAAGCCAGCAGUAAGCCAACUAAUUGGGGUACAAGAUUUAAAAAACUUUGAAAACUAAGCCACAGCGAGUAAUAUCUAUGCCUUGAAAAAUCUGUUUGUACUGUUUGUAUGGUAAUGUCUACAUGUGUGUGUUGUAUGUGAUUUCGCAGUGCAGGGUUCGGGUGCUCGACUGUCUCGAAUUUGUAGACUCACAAAGGGAAGAACUUAAAUGAAUUCUGUGUACGUUGUAAGUUUUGUUAGAUAAUCUAUGCCGACACACCCACAAGAACAAGAAACACACAACCGACACGACACGCUCGUGUGUAUUUAGUAUUUCAUUCAGGCUUGAUCGACCAAUUAUCCCCUAAAUAUGUAUAUCUAUGUCGCCUCUACAAAUUUCGUUGGCCGUCUCCACGAUUAGUUAGUCUUAUGUUUAGUGUUUAUUGGUGUGAUUAAAUAAAUAUUAUUUUUUAUAAUUUUUGUAUACAAUAUAUAAUUUACAUUUCGCUUACAUGCUUCGAUGCUGAUAAUUAUAUUUACUGGAAUUUUUGCCUAGCGAAAACUGAAAAAAACAAAAGCUACGGACAGCAUAAAUUAUGAAGACGUUUUAAACUAUAAAUAUAUGUAUUUAAACAAUAUGAAUGUAAAAUCAACUAAGCAAGCGAAAGCCAUAGUUAAAGAAAUUCCAUGAUUGAUUGUAAAAUACGCAAAAAAAAAAGAAUUGUUGAGUUUUUCUAGCUGCAGCCAAAAACUAAAACUCUGAACACCCAAAUUGAGAUCCUUAAGCCUUGUCACGCUUUUCCUGUACUCAUUAACAUUCACCUAGUUAAUUAUUAUAAUUUAUAUGAAACAGCAAUGCAAAUUAUAAACUACAAUAACCAAAAUCGAAAACUGAAAAACGAGCAAGGCAUACCAAGCAAACCAGCGAGAAAACGAAAUAUAAAUGAGAAACCAAUAAAGACAAA